UUCUCUCAACUUGACUCUGCUUCCAAGUGAUUGGGAUUUGGAACUGGUUCUGAUCCAAACGGUUCUGCCUGUACAAUUGUAAUCGCGGAGACGGUGAAGCAAUUGGGUUCCUCUUUUUUUUGUUUUUGAAGUUCAUUUGCCACUAAUAUCACAUUAUGGCUUUCUUUCUAAUGUAUCACAAAGGUUAUUAGUGUAUCUGCGUGUUUUGGUUCCCCUUUAGUGAGUAUGAAGAUGAUGCUGAGUCUGGGUUGGCUGUUCAUUGCCAUAGUCCAUAAGGCUGAACCUCUUAUCUCUGAUAACUUCACUGACUGUCGGGAGUAUUUCUAUAAAGCACAACUCCCUGAAGGCUUUGAUGGCAUUGCUCUCCCUCACCAUUUUAAUCCCUCAGAUUUACCAGAUGGGAUAAAGGAAAGUGAACUGACCUCUCCAUCUUAUAUCUGUCAUCAAUAUGGGAACAAGUUUCACUUUGCUUCCCUGUAUGACAGAGGGAGGCGCAUUCCCCUCUAUUCUGCCUACAUCUUGGACAAGAGAUCUUCAUCUCAAUUAACAAAUAAGAGGAAAAGGCAUUUUAAUAUAGAACCACAGCUGGUUUAUAUUCAGUUGGGCGGCACAAUGCAACUUCAAGAUGUAACCAAAAGAAAAAUAGAAAUAUACAAAAUAAAUCAAGGGAUUAAAGAAGCAAGCGAAAAAAACGAUCCGGAUUAUCUCAUUAGAACAAGUCAAGCUGUUGAUGCUGAUUAUAGAAAAAGUGGCUAUGACAGAGGCCAUGUGAAUCCCAGGUUGCACCAUGUGACCGCCGACGGGCAAAAUGCGACAUUCACCUUCACCAACGUGGCUCCAAUGACAAAGAAACUGAACACAAACAUCUGGAACCAAUACGAGAAUAAAAUGAUUGGCUAUGCUGACGGCUGUGCCACUAUGUAUGUGGUUACUGGUAUUGUGCCGGGCAAUAACUGGAUCAAGGGUGACCGUGUGAAUAUUCCCAGCUACGUGUGGAAUGCUUAUUGCUGUGUAGAUAAUAAUGGCAAACCAAUCAAAUCAGGGGCGGGGCUUAAGGAAAAUGACAUUUCAGACAGACCUGUUAAUGAGAUGCCAAUUAAUGAUCUUCAAGGGGAACUCAAACAUCUUUUAAGGUUCUCAGGAAAUAUUGCAAUGUUUUUUAAUAAUUGUGCUUAAUGGAAUCUGAAAACAUUUUUAGAAACAGAAGACAAACAAGGGUGUUGAGAAAAUGUUUCAGGACAGAGGCAAGAAUCAUGAUUCACACGGGUCACCCAUUAUACCCACUUAAUGAGUCUUUUACUCUGCUACCGUAUAUAAACCAGAAAAACCCUUUUACAGCAUUGCCAUUAAUAAAAAGUAACACCAAUCUCA